UGCACAUGAGGACUUAGAAGGCCAUGUGUGGCUUUGAGACUGUAGGUUCCCUGCUCCUGGUCUAGGAGGACUCAGGCAGGCUCGAAACAGAAGGCCUUGGAGCUGACGUCUCUGCCUUUCUUCAUUGGGGUAGAGAGUGCUCUGCCUUCCACGAGGGCCGAGAUCUCUCUGCCUUCUGGAAGCCAGCUCUAUGACUGUAGAUCCCAGGGAGGCCUGAGCGAGCAUCCCUCACUGCCGCUAGCUUGUGCUGGCUGCGCUUUCCCCUGGGCCUCAUCUUCCCCAUCUGACCUCUUGGUGAGUGUCCUUCAAGGAGCCAGGAGCAGGCCUCCUUAGGUCUGGCUCCUAGGGCUGCUCUCCCCCUGCUACUUGUCCAGGCUCCACAUCACACCCCAAAGGGCCUGGGGUGCUAUUGCCGUCUUUACCAUUGGGUUGCCAUUCUCACCCGUAACGUCAGAUGAAGGGAGAGCUCUGAUUUAGGAGUUACCGAGGCUCCAACUGGUCUCGUCCCAUCCGGGAUCCUGGGCCUCUUCUGCCCCUUGGGUCUCUGUACAAGGAUGGAGAGGGGAGUGGGACAGAAGGGAAGGAUUAAGUGAGUGCGGUAAGUAGUCUUCCUUUGCAGACCUUCUUUUCCCCACCCCGGCCCUGCUUGCUGCCCUCCCCUGUUGGUUGGAGGCUAUCCCCUCAGGACAGGGCCAUGGUUUUUGUGACUCCUCUGGGACCUCACUCUCUAAAUCCCUGUAGGUCAGCCUCCUGCCUAGGAAGAAAAGGGAAAGACGGCUGCCCCUCAGGCAUCCUUGUUCCUUCCCGGCUGUGCCUGCAAGACCUGGCCCAAGCAGGGAGCCAGAAGCCAGAACCAGAAGGAAUGGCCCCCGGGACCCAGAGACCCCCAACACAGGAGUCAGUAACGUUCAAGGAUGUGGCUGUGGACUUCACCCUGGAGGAGUGGGGCCUGUUGGACCAUUCUCAGAAAGAGCUGUACAAGGAGAUCAUGCUGGAAACCUCCCAGAACCUGCUUUCUGUGGGGCUUCCAGUUCCUAGAGAAGAUUUGAUCUUCCUUUUUCAGCAAGUGGAAGCACCAGGGAUGCUGGAGCAAAAAGGCCCAAGGAACUCCUGUCCAGUUGCAGAGACCAUGUUUGAAGUAAAUGAGAUGACUACAAAACCGAGGAUUUUUGUGGAAGAAUCUGGCCAGCAAAGAUUCGUGAGUGCUGGUGACUUCAAGUUGAGAGAAAUCCACAACUCUAAUAUGAAAGUGGAUAAAAAUCCAAAGGGUCCCUGUGAAUUUGAAAAAACUGGGAGGAGAUUCAAACAAUCUUCAGCCCUAAAUCACUGUAAGAAAAUGACCUCUGGAAAUGCCUGUUUUCAGGAUAGUGAAUAUAGCAAGUGCUUUCCUGAAGUGGUAGAGCUUUUUCAGUCUCAUGAGAAGAUUCCUGAAAUGCAAAUGGAUCAAGAUAAUGAACAGGAAAUGGCUAUUAUCUGGAGUUCAGAGCUCAUUAGACAUCAAAAAAAUACUGGAGAGAUGCUUUAUGUAAAUAAUGAAGGUGGAAAAGCCUUCAGUCGGAACUCUAAGCUCAUUAUUCAUAAGAAAAUUCACAUUAGAAAGGAGCCCAGUGAAUAUAAUGAAUGGGAACCAACCUUAUCCCAUCAUUCAUCUCUUUCUUACCAUCCUAAGCUUCAUGCUGGAAUGAAACCAUACGCACAUAAUCAUUGUGAGAAGACCUUUGGUAGGAACACAGAUCUUAUGAAACAUCAGAAGAUUGAUACUGGAGUGACAUUUUAUAAAUGUAGUGAAUGUGGGAAGGCUUUCUGCUACAGAUCACUUCUUAUUAGCCAUCAGAGAAUCCACACUGGAGAGAAACCUUUUGAAUGUAAUCAGUGUGGAAAGGCUUUCACAUAUGGCUCCAGUCUUGUUAAACAUCGAAAAAUCCACACUGGAGAGAAACCUUUUGAAUGUAAUCAAUGUGGAAAGGCUUUCACAUAUGGCUCUAGUCUUGUUAAACACCAGAGAAUCCACACUGGAGAGAAACCUUAUCAAUGUAAUCAGUGUGGAAAGGCUUUCCAAUUUAACUCACAUCUUGCUGUACAUCAGAGAAUUCACACUGGAGAGAAACCUUAUGAAUGUAAUCUAUGUGUAAAAGCUUUCACAUAUAGCUCCAGUCUCGUUAAACAUCAGAGAAUCCACACUGGAGAGAAACCUUACAUAUGUAAACAAUGUGGAAAGGCUUUCAGAUUUCACUCCAGUCUUACUAAUCAUGAGAAAAUCCACACUGGAGAGAAACCUCAUGAAUGUAAUCAAUGUGGAAAGGCUUUCACACAGAACUCCCAUCUUGCUGCACAUCAGAGAAUCCACACAGGGGAGAAACUUUAUGAAUGCAAUCAAUGUGGAAAGUCUUUCACACAGAACUCCCAUCUUGCUGUACAUCAGAGAAUCCACGUUGGAGAGAAACCUUAUGAAUGUAAUCAGUGUGGAAAGGCUUUCACACAGAGCUCCAGUCUUGCUGCACAUCAGAGAAUCCACACUGGAGAGAAACCUUAUGAAUGUAAACAAUGUGGAAAGACUUUCACAAAGAACUACAGUCUUGCUGAUCAUGAGAAAAUCCACAGUGGAGCAAAACCUUAUAAAUGUAAUCAUUGUGGAAAGGCUUUCACAGUGAAGGGCAAUCUUGCUCGACAUCAGAGAAUCCACACUGGAGAGAAACCUUUUGAGUGUAAACAAUGUGGAAAGGCUUUCACACAGAGCUCCAGUCUUGCUGCCCACCAGAGAGUCCACACUGGAGAGAAACCUUAUGAAUGUAAACAAUGUGGAAAGGGUUUCAUAAAGAGCUACGGUCUAGCUGAUCAUGAGAAAAUCCACAGUGGAGAGAAACCUUAUAAAUGUAAUCAUUGUGGAAAGGCUUUCACAGUGAAGGGCAAUCUUGCUAGACAUCAGAGAAUCCACAUUGGGUAGAAGCCUUUUGAAUAUAAACAAUGUGGAAAGGCUUUCACACAAUUCCAGGCUUGCUGAACAUCAGAGAAUCCACACUGCAGAGAAACCUUAGGAAUAUAAUCAGUGUGGUGAAGCCUUCAGGUAACAAUCAUCUCUUAUCUGAGAAUUCAUCUGAGAAUUCAUAUUACACAAAUCUUAUCACUGUCAUGAGUGAGGAAAGGCAUUCAAGUGGAGUUCAGACUUUGUUCACCAUUACAAAAUUCAUUCUGAUGAACAGCUCCAUAUUGACUCAGUGUGGGAACACUUUCAACCAGAGACUGUCUCUUACUUUUUAGCAGAGAAUUCCUAGUGGAGAGAAGCCUUACAAAUACGCCAAAGGGGAAUGUGCUUUUCUCUAGAGGAGGACAGUAGGUAGACAACAAUAUUCAUGCUGUGAUGAAGGAUUAUAAAAGCAAUGGUUGUGGGAAGGGCUUCACCUGGAUCUCAUAGUUGUCUGUACAUUGGAGAAAUCAUGGUGGAGAUAAGACAUAUAUCUAAUUAAGAAAGGAAGGCCUCCUGCUGUAGCACAGACUUCACUGGACCUCCCAACAAAAAAGGCCUCCUUAAAAAUUCCAAACUUACACUAUCUGUAAAACCAUAUAAAUGCAAUGAUUUUUUUCUCUAAAAUCCUAGUUUUUGUCAUCAUUCCUCAAUAUUUCAUGGCAUUAAUGUACUAUAAUAGCAUUCCUCAGUUGACUGAUACUCACUUUGUUUCCUGUUGUUUAAUGGCACAAAAAAGCACUCAUAUGAAUAUUUUGGUUACUGUUGGACACUUAUGUCUCUCAUGCUUUCUUUAAGCAACAGUGUGGCCCUCUGGAUGAAGUGUUAUGCCUGGAGCCACGAGGGCUGAAUUCCAUUUCUGUCUCUGGCACAUACUAGUUGUAUGACCCUAAGCAAGUCACUUAACCUGCUCCUGUCUGGGCUUCCCCAUCUGUAGAAUGGGGAUAAUAAGAGUAAAAUGUAAGCAACAAAUGAGACACUAUUUGUAAAACGCUUUUCAAGACAAAUCACUACGGAAAUAUGUGCUUUUCCAGUGGUUAUUCCUUGGAACAUAAGUCUCGUAGUAAGGUCAGUAGUUUAAAACAUACUGAUAGUUUAGUUGCUUCUCUUUUCAUUCAGAUUGACUUUCAGAACAGACUAAAGGAAAGCAGUAAUUGUAAUACAUAGAGCACUGCUUUAGAAUCAGAGAAAACUUGGGUUCAAAUCCUGACUUGGAUGCUCCCUUAUAACUUUCAGCAAGGAACAACCUCUCUGUGCCUCAGUUUACUCAUCUCUAAAAUGAGAAAGUUGGACUCAAUGGCUUCUAUGGUUCCUUCGAACUCUAAAUAUGUGUUCUCAUCAAAAGUACAUUCAUAUGUCUCUUUUCUACUGCCUCUUGUGUAUGUGUGUGUAUGUGUACGAAAUAAUUUUAUUUUAAAAUAAAGAAUGUAAAUAAUUUGGGCAAUUAAGACCGUUGAACUCUAAAUGUAAGUAUCACAAAUUAGGCUGUAACACAAAGAACAAAGUAGCAUAUCAUAAAAGCAAAUACAUAAAAAUUAUACUAUGGUUUUGUCAAUUUUUAUAUGGUUAUGUUUCUAACC